GAACACGACUAAAACAACAGAGAUACAACAUGAAUCUUCUCCUUCUGGUGGUUGCUUUGGGGCUUACAGGAGCGUCUCCCCUGCACGACUACAAAGUGUGCCAGCCUCACUCCAGACCCUGGCAGGUCUAUCUGCACGGUGGAGGAGUGUCCUGCAGUGGAGCUCUCAUCGACAGUUUGUGGAUAGUGACCUCCUUCGACUGUGCACCCACAUCCUUCAGCACCAUUGCAUCUCUUGGGGAACAUGACGUGACUGUGGAUGAGGGCACCGAGCAGCACAUUUACGUUGCUGACGUGAUCCGCCACAGUCCUUACUUCCGCUCACCUAUGCACAGCCUGACGAUGGUCCGUCUGGCCAAACCCGCCCGCUUCACCCAGUACAUCCAGCCCAUCCCUCUGCCCAGCCGAUGCCCACAGCCUGGACAGACUUGCCAUGUCAGUGGCUGGGGAUCCACCAUCCCAAAUCAAUAUGACCGUGCUAAACUCCUGAAGUGCAUUUCUGUCCCUGUUGUGGAUGACCACACAUGCAUCAACACAUUCCCUGAGUUCCUGUUCUGGAGCCUGGGCAUGGUCUGCGCUGGACAAGCAAACACAGAUAACUGCAUGCAUGAUAGAGGCAGUGUGAUGGUGUGCGAUGGCCAGCUGCAGGGUGUGCAGUGGUUCAGUCACGGCUGCAGGAACCAAGCGGACCCCAGCGUCUACACCAAGCUGUGCAAGUACAAUAACUGGAUCAGUGAUGUGAUGGACCGCUACACACCCACGCUGACAACUGGAACCACUACGGUGAAGAUGACAUCAUGA